CUUUAAAUCCGUUGGCCAACACCACUACGGCAAGCGACGCGGCCACACGCGCAACUUUGCGAAAGUUCCGCCGACCCUAAAGCCCGAACAAUAUCAAGUUCUCCUCGGCCAAAACCGACCCAAAGCCCCAACGGCACCAAACCACCCAAUACCAUCCAUUGGGCGCGCAAACAAACGGCAAAAUGGUUCGCAGAUUCUCCAAGUUCCCCAAGAAGCCCGCAGACUGGGUGGCCCCGUCGGCGCCGCUGUCCAUGCGGAAACAGGUCUUCCUCCCCGACUUCACAAUCGCUCUCAUCCGCACACCGUUUCUCCCCCCGCGAUACGCUUCCUUCUAUGUCCCGCUGAACUUCAACAAAUUGGAUAUGCGCGACUACCUGAAACACCUGUAUGGGGUUGAUGUGCUCUCUGUGAGGAGUUACGUUGAGCAGCAGAAGGUCACUCGCCUUCGUCCUUUGGGUAAAUUCGGAUACGGGAAAUUGAGGAGACCUAUGUCGAAGAAGAAGAUGACGGUUGAGAUGAAGACUCCAUUUGUUUGGCCUGAGGCACCGGCUGAUAUGACUCCAUGGGAGUACGAGCAGUUCCACAAGGCGGCCAAAUACCAGAACGAUAUCCAAGAUAAGCAACGACCGGACGCGGGUAUGAAGGCAAACACGGAUGAGCAUGAUGCUUACGCCGAGGAAGCGAAGAAGCUGCUGGACGGCUCGAAACCCUGGAGACCUACUUGGCAGGCUUUGGGUCUUAGCUAUGAUCGGAUGGGACUUGGCAAGAGCUCGACUAGCUCAUGAAUGGUUUCCAGAUCGUGACUGUUUC